GAUCAACUACCCUGACUAUGUGUUUUCCAUCUUUAUGUAUCCACAUCAAUGCAAGUCUGAUCAGGAGAGAUGCAGACAAUCGCGCUGCCUGAAGACUCACAGCCGCCUACUUCCGGAGAUAAACGGCGUAAUAUAAGUCCGCGAAGUAUACUUUCUUCGAGUCGGAGCAAAUCAUGGGCCGCCGUUCGGAUUCCUUGCAUUGUAUUCGAGUAGCAUUAUAUUAAGAGGCACGAGGCCUGGUGACCGGUUGCUGUGAUGCUCCCUACACAUCGACUGUGCAAUCGUACAAUUGCAGCAGCCAACAAGAUUGUCAAGCAUCAGCAAAACUUUCACUCCAGCGCCAGAAUGUCUUCGUCGACCACCUCAUCCGCUUUGUACGCAACAGUCUCGACUUCUUCAAUUGCACCUGUCGUGCCCAAGAACCACGCUGAAUUGCGCCACCACAACAAGAACGGCAAGGGCUUCAUCAAUCCUUGGGACUCGUAUGUCGACACAACUGCGAAGCAGAUCAUCUCGGCCCUGCUCUGGCGGAAACUCUCGGGCAAGCAGAAGACUCCCGACACGACUCCUCCCACUGUACCCGUGCAGAAACCAGACUUCCUCCCUACGCGCGAGACCAAGACGUUACGAGCAACAUGGCUUGGACACGCUUGCUACUAUGUCGAAUUCCCGAAGGGCUUGAGAGUCCUUUUCGAUCCCGUUUUUGAGCCACGAUGCAGUCCAUUCAGCUUCAUGGGCCCGAAGAGAUACACGCCAUGCCCGGUUGACGUUGCCGACAUCCCCAUUAUCGACGCCGUCAUCAUCUCACACAGUCACUACGACCAUCUAUCAUAUCCCACCAUCCUCAAGAUCAAAGAGAAGCACCCGAAUGCCCAUUUCUGGGCCCCACUGGGUAAUAAAAAAUGGUUCUCGAGCUGCGGCAUUGAGAACAUGACCGAGCUUGACUGGUGGGAGACGAGAGACUUUACCUUGUCGGCAAAUAAGAAAGAUGCGGAGACCACACAUACGGACUCUGGUUCUACCGUCAAUGCAGGAGGUGCCGAAGAUAUCAAGGCCGUCAUUGGCUGUCUGCCCGCUCAGCAUACGAGCGCUCGUACGCCUUUUGACAAAUCUCACACCCUCUGGGGCUCAUGGAGUAUUGAAAGUGGUGGCAAGAAGAUCUGGUUCGGAGGAGAUACUGGUUAUCGCUCAGUCCCAGAACUUCCGGAAGAAGAGAACGACUAUGAUGAGAAGUAUAAUUACCCGACAUGUCCUGCAUUCAAGGAGAUCGGUGAACUGAGAGGUCCGUUCGACUUGGGCUUGAUCCCAAUUGGAGCUUACGAUCCUCGUUUCAUCAUGUCUCCCAUGCACGCCAACCCCUUUGACAGUGUCAACAUUUUUAUCGACACACAAUGCAAGAAAGCACUUGGUAUUCACUGGGGUACAUGGGUACUGACAGAAGAAGAUGUCCUCGAACCUCCACGAGUACUUAAGCAAGCCAUGGCCUGGAAGAAGCUGCCUGAAACAGGAGUCUUUGACGUUUGCAACAUCGGCGAGAGUCGCGACUAUUGAUCAGCACAAUCCGCCACGACACACCCGUCUAACGACAAGAACAUCUAGUGGUCAGCUUAUCAAGCGUGAUACGCCAACGAAUCCUCGUUGAGCGCCGUCCAUCAACUCAAGCUCGUACCGCUUCCACGAAGCCUGCUGACGAUCAAAACUCCCUCAUCCGCCCUCAUUCCCGCCACAACCCUCGCCUUUGCCCCUUCCACUCUAACCGUCAUAUUGUAAGAAUUCCAUGCCCCUCCAUCAAGAAAGCCGUGGUAGUGUAGUGGUUCAACACACCCGUGGUCUUAACACGUG